UGGUCAUCGAACAUCUCACAUUCCACUGAUUGGAAGAAUGCCAUGACUGUUUCCCAUGCCAUCGAAGAUUUCAUGCCCUUGGGUGCCUCCCUAACCAGCAUCAUCUGCCAUCAUUUGCCCUUCAUCCCGUCACUAUCCAGUUUCGACCUGCGCUAGCAAUUCCCAUCCGGCCCCUGGCCGCGUUUCAUCGCCUUCGAUCCAAGCUUCCCCCAUGGCCACCGUCAAUAUGCAUAUCACAACCCGUUGCAAUCCCGAUCCCUCGCUCUGGCUCAGCGCUUUCCGCGCCGACUUAAUUGUCUGCUCCUGAACAGCAUUAAUGCCCUGUUGCCAACCCCUUCCUCCCUGACUCCUCCCAUUGUCUUCGUCCCAUAUUACUGCCAGCUGAGAAAGAUUCGAGUCCGCUUGAGGGCCUCUUCAGUGUCAUCCCAAGGCACUCGUGAGCACCUACCCAAUUCCCACAAAUGGCUUCGUCGACGCCUCCAUCCAUCCUGCAACUACAGACACUGGCUGCCAAUGGCUCCAAACCCACCAAAAUCACGCCCAAAACCAAUAAGAGCGACGAUAGCAUCAACACCUUGUCAUCGAGCGCUUCCGCUUCACCCAAAACCUCUCUGGACAUCGUCCGCUGCUCUCGAUGUCAACGUUCGCUGAGUAUUGAUACUUCGCUUCCUGCCCAGUGCAGUGGUGCGGUCAGAUUCGGCAUGAACUCAUACUACUGCCAAAGAUGUGCCAACGUGGUUGGCUUUGUCAAAUGAAUGAACCGCUCUGUUCGGUUCGGGGCCGUUCUUCUGAAGAGGCGCGCCUCUUUUACCCCUCCUCCGAUUUCAAUUCCUCCUAAAUUUGCCCCCUGGAACACUCGGACGAAGAUUGGACGCGGUUGAGACAUGUGAUCAACGAGUAAGAGGGAGAGAUGAAGACAUCCGGGAACAAAGGACAUCUCGUACUACAACAAAUACAGCACACGGAACAAACACGAAUUUUGCCCUAUUGGCCAUGACUCAAGGAGAUGGAUAUUCGGGACCUGUCGUGGGAUAUUCUAUGCAGGAUGAUCUCUCAGCGGUGCAACCAAGUGGACCGUGAGAAUGGAUCAAAAGCUGCGAGAUGAGUUGGCUUUUGCAACGAACAAGCCCCGAUGGGCUACUUUUAAAGGGUACCGGUUCAAACGGAGAGCUGGAGGCUUCUGCCACUUGUUCCGAUCUGGGAUUUCUGACAAGACCACGGGCGUACAAAGUGCAUAUUAUCUUAGCCACAUCCUUCUAAGAAGAGGGCGCAACAUUCACUGCGCACGCACAUUGGGUACAUUUCGGGGUAUUUGAGCGUUGGAAGCAUAUGUUUGAUCUUGGAUACCACGUACGCGGCAACCUUCUUGAGCCAUUAUUUAGCAGCAUCUCAUAGUCUUUUUCACGCACAAUUGGGCGCAGGUUCUGAGAAUAGCUUAACGGCGUUGCAAUUAUUA